GCACACCAGGCCGCCACGAUGAUGUCCUCGGACUCCUCGCCCGAACAUGCGUCGCUCAGGACUCGCGGCUCGGGGAGCGCGGGGAGCGCCACCAACGGCGCGGCCAAGAACCGCGAGCGGCAACCCCUGCUCGGGGGGCUCGGGGGCGCGCCGGGACUGCCACGGUCGCCGGCCAAGGGGGAGGGGGGCGUCGCCGGCAGCGCCACCGGCAGCGGCGGGCUGAGCCUCCUCUUCGCCACGCUGUGCAUCAUCGACUUGUUCGGCGUCUUCCCCAUCGUGGCCCUGCCCAGGCCCAUCAUCGACUGCGGUUGGCUGGGUUUGCCGCUGGCCGCCGCGGUGUUCAGCCUGCAAGUGUACACCGCCCUGCUGCUGGGACGCUGCUGGGUCCUGGCCGAGGACAUCGAUCCCUCCAUCGUCGAGAAAAGCAGGUACCCGUACGCCGCGCUGGCGUACAUGACCAUGGGCAGCACCAUGAGCAAGGUCGUGACGGUGCUGCUGGACGUGACGGUGUUCGGCGCGGGCGUGCCCAACCUGCUGGUCGCGUCGCAGAACAUCCAACUGCUGGGGCUGAAAAUGUCGGAGCAGCGCUUCGACGUGUCGUUCUGCUACUGGCUCGUCGUGCUGGGCGUGCUGCUGUGCCCCGUCAUGUGGCUGGGCAGCCCCAAGGACAUGAAGUGGCUGGCCGUGACCUCGGUGUGCACGGUGUGCUCGGUGGCGGUGCUGACGUGGACGUGCAUCGUCCAGGACGACGCCAUUCUGUCCGCCACCGCCAGAUCUCCGUGGGCCGGGCCGUCGUGGGAAGCGCUCGCCGUGGCCUACGGCAUCAUCGCAUUCCAGUUUGACGUGCAUCCCAUGAUCCUCACCGUGCAGAUGGACAUGCAGCACAAGAACAAGCUCGGCAAAGCGAUCCUCACCAGCUUCCUGGUGACGGGGCUGCUGUUCAUGGUGACGACGGGCUUGGCCAUCUGGAGGUACGGCGCCACGGUGCGCUCCAACCUGCUGCAGGGGCUGCCGGCCAGCGCGCCGCUCUACGCCAACGUGGUCCUCGUCACGGUGCAGAUAUGCCUGUCCAUGGUGGUGGGGGGCUCGGCCUUGUUCCAGGACAUCGAGGACAAGCUCAACAUCCCCAGGGACAUGAGCUGGCGGCGGUGCGCGCUGCGCUCCUCCAUGGUGGCCGUGAUGGUGCUGCUGGGCGAGGCGGUGCCGCGCUUCGACCUGGUGAUGGGGCUCAUCGGCGGCUCCCUCACCGGCCCCCUCAUGUUCAUCCUGCCGCCGCUGUUCUACGCGCGCCUCAGGCGCAUGUCGUGGAGGGCGAGGCUGCUCAAGGAAUCGGCCGCGGCGCCGCCCGCGCCGACCCUGCCCUGGGUGCCCGAGAACGACAAGGCGCUGCUGGGCCCCGGCCUGGUCCUGGGCGGCCCCGAGAAGGAGAUGGAGGCCGUGAUGACGCUGCUGGCCACGGACCGGUACCCUUCCCCGCAGCAGCAGCACCCCGACCGCCUGCUGCCGUCGCACACGCGGCGCAGCGCCGUGCUGCAGCGCCGUCCGCGCCGCGCGCCCUGGCCGCGCCGCCUGCUGGCCCUGGACUGCCUGUCGCUGGACGCGUGCCUGGAGGCCGGGCCGCUGUCGCGGUGCGAGUACCUGCUCACGGCCGUCGUCGUGGUGCUCGGCGUCGCCGCCACGCUGGCCGCCACCUUCUUCAGCAUCCGCGACACGCUGCGCUACGCCACCUUCACGCCGCCCUGCCUCAGGAACGUGACGCAGGCCUCCAACAUCCUCGCCAUCAUCACGGACACCUUCUGACCUCUGUGUGUUUGUCUACGUGCGCUUGUAUUUUUAUGGGUCUGUGUGCCCGUGCGUCGUGUGUCUGUGAGUCCGUGCCCCCUCCCUCCCCCUCUUUCCCCAA